AAUUGUAUUUAAAUAUCAAAUAAAGAGUUAUCUCUUGUGAAGAAUGUAUUGAAUAUAUAACAAAUAUAUAAACAACUGUUAUAUUUAUAAUUGCAAUAUUGUAUGGUGUAAGAAUUAAAACAAUGGCUGCAAAGAUAUAUCAGCCUGAUCAAGAGUUGGAAACAAAAGUUAAGAAAGCAACUGAACGUAUAUCAGAGAACAUGCAUAUUGUAGCAAAUGAACCAUCACUAGCCUUUUAUAGGCUACAGGAGCAUGUGAGGAAAGCAUUACCACCAAUGGUGGAGAAACGUGUGGAGGUGUUAGCAUUACAGCAACAAUUAUUAGGCAGAUGUUAUGAUGUAGAGUAUGCAGUUAGUGCAAUUAAAACCAUGCAAGGUGCUGGAAAAAGUUUUGAGAACACACUAGAGUUUAUAAAAAAUGCAAUAUUCUUCAAACAACAGCUGAAAUAUGAAGAGCAGCGACGGAAUAAAAAAGAUAACAAUAGAGAUUCUGUUUAUAAACGCUUGUCGGCACAUAUUCCCACUCUGGAUCAUCUACCAGAUGAAAUAUCCGAUGUUGUCAGAGAGACUGCGAAUCGAGUAGAAUCAAUGAUGAAUCAUGCCAGACAUUCGAGUGAAGUACAGAGAUCGACUACUAUCCACAAUUAGAGAGAUAUAUUAAGCUGUUUAGAAAUUCCUUGUGACUUAAUGAUGAUUUAAUAAUGACUUGUUAAUCUGUGAAUUUUACGCAUAAGUUAUAAUAUACAGUGUGAUGAUAUACAGUGUGAAGAUAUACAUCACAGUACUAUUAUUAUAUAAAAU